GAAAAUCUGCAGUGACAGAAACGUGGCAGAGUGAAGAGAAAGGAUUCAGUUUGAGAUUCAUCAAAAUGUCUAAUAUUACCACUUCAUCAAAUGACACCUGCUAUACACCGGAUGCAGCCACUUACCAAGUCCUCUCCGGCUUGUUGACUGUGGAGUUCAUUCUGGGACUUCCUCUCAACCUCUCGGUGCUCUACACCUUCAUCUUCAGGUACAAAUUCUGGAAGAAUAACAGUGUGUUCCUCUUCAACAUUGUGGUUGCUGAUUUUUUGGUGGUGGCCUGUAUUCCCGUUAAAAUUCACCAAUAUCAGAACAAUCUGAGGUACAGUGAGAAUAAUGCCGUUUGCCGUCUGAUGCACUUCAUGCUCUUCCUCAAUCGAGGGGCCAGCAUCGGCUUCCUCAUCGUUCUGUCCCUGGACCGCUACUUCAGCGUCGUCCAUCUUGGGAGGAGAAACUGUGUGAAGGUGUUUAAGAAGUCUCCACUGAUCUCUGUGCUUAUCUGGGUGUUCUUGGUGCCGCUCACCAUACCCACGAUGCUAUCCUCCUUCGUUUGCUGCAACAGCCUCGGUCGAAUUAAAACCACGACUCUAGAAGAUUUUACGGACACUUUCAGAGAGAUCGUCUUCUUCUCUCAAAUCAUCAUCCCCUUCAUCAUCCUCAUUUACUGCACAACUUGCAUCAUCAUUCGACUGAGGAGGAAAUCGAUUGGGGAAAAGGCCAAACUGAGGAGAGCCGUGUUCGCCGUCCUGUCUGUCGCCAUCGUCUUCUCCAUCUGCUUCCUGCCAUGCAUGGUGGCUCGGCUGGCGCUGCUGAUCGUGAGGCUGAAAAACUGUCAGGUGCUGGAGGAUGCGGUGGUCCAGGUGUACGACGCCCUCAUGGUUUUGUCCUACGCCGACUGCUUGUUGGACCCACUGGUUUACUGCUUCUGCAACUCAGGCUUUAAGGUGGCUUACAUCUCCACUUUCUUCCCACCAUAUCUGAGGAAGAGACUGCUGGAGUCUGCCUCGACCUCACCAAUGGUCACAACUACAGGAGCUACAGCAACUACGACGACAACUGUAGUCCCAGGGACUAAACCGAUAUCAUUGCAAAUGAUGGGAAAAUGACUAUCAGUCAAUCUUUCUGGUUUAAAUGUAGCUAUCAUAAAAACUUGGUUACUAUUGCUCCACCCAUAAAGAUAUAUUCUCAGGAACAAAGCUUUAAAAUAUUCUUCCUUGAAAAUGUUAGGAUGGGUACAUAGGAUAUAGAAAAUAUGUUACAUUACAUUUUUUGUAUAAAAUCAUUCAUAGAAAAUGAUAUUUGAGUGUGAUCAGCUCUGCCUAUUUUGAGCUGUUUUAUGAUGUCCUGUCACUUUAAAUCCAAAAUAA